CACGGCUCCUCCCCAUUUCGCCUUCGCGCUCCCUCCCUCCCCUUCCCCCAUCGAAUCAUUCGAUUCGCCUCGUCUCGCCCCUUCCCCACCCCGAUUCGAUUCGGCCGCCGCGGUGAUCGGCGGCAACGUUAGGGUUAGGGUUCCGGCGAUCCCCACCCCACCCACAUGGUGCAGCUCCCGAGCUCGGGGAAGCGGCACGCGGAGCCGGCCGAGGCGGCGCGGCGCGCCGCGGCGGCGGCCGUGAAGCUGGAGGUGGAGGAGCUCGGGGCCGACGACCGCCGCCCGCUCAGCAAGCGUGCCAAGGCCGCUCAGCCGACUCCCCCGACGCCCCCGCAGCAGCAGCAGGAUAUGUACCAAAACGUACUUGAUGAACCUAGCCCGUUAGGCUUGCGGCUGAAAAAAAGCCCAUCUCUGUUGGAUUUGAUUCAGAUGAGGCUUUCUCAAGCAUCCAAUGCAGGAGAGUCUUCUAUGGACAACAGCGGUUUGGAACCUUCCAAGAAGAAAGACAACAAAUCUGGCAUGUCUACAGCAGGAGAACGGUUAAAAGCUUCAAAUUUUCCUGCAAAUAUAUUGAAAAUUGGUACAUGGGAGUAUGUAUCACGGUAUGAAGGUGAUUUGGUGGCCAAGUGUUACUUUGCAAAGCAUAAGCUUGUGUGGGAAGUACUGGAAGCUGGUCUUAAGAGUAAGAUAGAAAUUCAGUGGUCAGAUAUUACUGCUUUGAUGGCAACUUGCCCCGAAAAUGGACAAGGAACCUUGGACGUGGUGUUGGCCAGACCACCUUUAUUCUAUAAAGAGACAGAUCCUCAGCCAAGAAAACACACAUUGUGGCAGGCCACCUCAGAUUUCACUGGUGGCCAAGCAAGUAUGCACAGGCGUCAUUUUCUGCAGUGUCCUUCAACCUUGUUGAGCAAGAAUUUUGAGAAGCUUAUCCAGUGUGAUCAACGGCUAUAUCAAUUGAGUCACCAACCAGAGAUCAUAUUAGACUCUCCAUUGUUUGAACCUAGGUGUUCAAUAUUUGAGGACCCGGUAGAAUCAAAAUGUACUGGUUUUACUAAUUUGAAAGAUGAACAUGAAGCUCUACCUGGGUAUUCAGGUUCCUUGUCCCCAUGUGCUGGCUCAUCUGUGUCUGCUAAGAAUGAAACGAAUGAUUCCAUUGGAAUGCCAGCAGAAUAUCUUCCUCAGGCAGUGGGCACAGGAGCAGGUGCUGUAGGUGUACAAGCUAUCAGCAGAAACAUGAAUGGUGCAGCUCCAGAGUUUAACAUCCCCCACUGGUGGAGUCAAUUGAAGGUGCCUGGGCUUAGGCCAUCAAUGUCAGUGGAUGAUUUGGUAAACCACCUAGGUAACUGCAUCUCGGAGCAGAUCACUUCAGGCAAUCCAGCAUUGGCCAACAACGAGGUGCCGACCAAAGAAACACUGGAGGAGAUCGCUCAGUACCUUCUUGGUGACACACAAGGCCCACCUUUCUCGGCCUCCGAUGAGAGAUCACUGAUGGCUAGGGUGGACUCCCUCUGCUGUUUGAUUCAGAAAGACGCAGCACCGGUAGCCAAGCCAAAGCCUGAGCCAAAUGACUGUGAUGGAAUUGGCAUGGAGGCCUCAGAUGGUUCCGACGAAGAAUUCAGUUCAGCACCAACAGGAAAAACUGCAGAUGCCACCAAUCCAGCAACCAUGUCAAGAAAGGACUCCUUUGGGGAGCUGCUGCUGAACCUUCCCCGCAUCGCUUCACUACCGCAGUUCCUUUUCAAGAUACCAGAGGAUACUGAGAACUGAACCUGGAAUAAGACUCGGGUCCUCAUUCCCUGAAGUAGGGUGGUCACUGUAAAGAUUGUACCCAGACAAUAAGAAAGCCCCCUUAGCUUGCCUCCUUCGGAAGUGAGUUCCCCGCCCUGUAAAUGUGACACCCUUUAGGUUGCUUCAAUUGUCUGUAUGUUUCGUGACUCAUAUGGGUAGUGAAAAAAUUAAAAUGUUCAUUGGUUCUUUUUAACUCAGUCAUGCCCUUGUGCAAAAUGAAAUGCCAAACUCAGGAAGUCAGUAUCUACUGCUACCAUACUGCAUUGUAUCCAUUCCAGAUUGAAUAGAAAGUUGUUUGGAUCUGCUA